AUGAUUAGUUGGAUAAUAGCUACAAGGUUCCAAAAAUUACCUAGGCCUCCACAUUUUGAUGUACCGCAGCAAAAUGGUGACCAAUAUGAUGAUAAAUGCGCUAAAAGGAUUUUUAAUGAUACCCCUUUCACAAUUGAAGGAAUUGCAAGACUAUAUCAUGUGACAGUCGAUGAUAUUAAGCAGGCCAAUCCUGGUAUAGGUUAUAAUAUACCAGAAGGACUUAUUUUGAAAAUUCCUCAAAAAUGCCCAGAAACAAUGGAUGAAACAUUAUAUAUGGACUCUCCGGAUUUUAAAUCAGCUGCAGUACUCCGAAAUGGCGCAUUACUCCUUUGUUUUUGUUAUAUGUUUAGCACUACGAAUGCAGAACAAUGUGAAACAUUCAUGAAAUAUAAUCACGGUUUCGACCAAGAUGGUAAUUUAGUUAAUAUUCAUAAUGCAAUGGAUUAUGCCUAUAUCAAAAACUCUACUGAUUGCAGUGAACCUUUCGGUGGUCAGUACCAAUUAAGACAAUAUAACAUUAAUGGAAAAUAUCACUGUGCUGUUAAAUCUAAUAUUCAUUUUUAUGACCCUGGACGCAAUAUUGUGAAAGACAGUUAUCCUUAUACAUCACUCUGCUUUGAAGAAAAAUGA